AUGGUAGCUGUUGCUUCGGAUGAGCACGAGUCGUGGGGAAAUGGUAGCGGCGAGUCUUCACCAGAGAAUGAGAGUCAGCCACCGAGCCUGACGACCGGCUCCACCUCGCCUUCAAUCGAGUCGCUGGAGAGCGUUCAGGAAGCGCACAAUGCCAAGGCUGCCGCAGCGGUCGCAGCGAUGCAGCAAGGCAGAUUCGGGGGUCAUGAGGCCAUGCUCAAGGACAAGAGCCUUGUCGCUGCCGCCGCAUCGAUGAACAUAACCCCUUCGUCUUCUCACGACAGCAGCGCCGAUGGAACUGCUCUGCUGCAUUCUGAGUUUGGCUUCUGUGCUGACCAGCGCUACCGCUAUGUCUCACAGCAUCACUCAGGCACGUCCCUGCCACAGCCCCACGAAGAGGAGCCAUCUUACGUGAUAGUCCUGAUGACCUACCUCUCAUACCUGGUUCUCAUCUGCUUUGGCCACAUGCGCGAUUUCAUCGGCCGCAAGUUCCUCCCUCAGUCGUACAUCCACCUGAUGGAGUCCAACGGCUACGCACCCCUCAAUUCGGACUUCGACUCGUUCUACACUCGACGAUUGAAGAAGAGGAUGGACGACUGCUUCUCUCGGCCUGUGACGGGCGUCUGCGGUCGAACCGUCUUGCUGCUCGACCGAGUCUCCGCCGACUACCACGAUAGCUUCUCCUUCACGGGAAAGCAGACACGCGCGCUCAACGUGAGCGCGUACAACUACCUCGGCUUUGCCCAAUCGCACGGGGGCUGCUCGGACGCGGUCAAAGAGUGCUUGCGCAUUUACGGCGUCAGCAGCUUCGGCAGCCGCCUUGGCGCUGGCCACUUGGACCUGCAGCAGCAGACUGAGAAACUUGUCGCGCGCUUCGUCGGGCACGAAGAUGCUGUCAUAGUCAGCAUGGGCUUCGCGACGAACUCGACCACCAUUCCAGCCAUCACCGGCCCGGGUACGCUGAUCAUCUCGGAUGAGUACAACCACUCAAGCAUCCGCUUCGGCUCCCGUCUCUCUGGCGCACACAUCCGCCAGUACAAGCACAACGACAUGCGCAAGCUCGAGGCCCUCCUGCGCGAGUGCAUUAGCCAGGGAAUGCCCCGCACGCACCGCCCGUGGAAGAAGAUCGUGCUCAUCGUCGAGGGUCUCUACUCAAUGGAGGGUACGCUGGUCAACUUGCCCGAGCUCUUGCGCUUGAAGGAGAAAUACAAGUUUUAUCUCUACGUAGAUGAAGCACAUUCGAUCGGUGCGAUCGGGCCGAACGGGCGUGGCGUGUGUGACUACUUUGGCGUUAACCCACGCUCGGUCAACAUUCUGAUGGGUACUCUCACCAAGUCGUUCGGCGCUGCAGGCGGCUACAUUGCGGGCGACAAGGCGACGAUCGACCGCGUGCGUCUGAUGAACCACGCAAACGUCUACGGCGAGACUCUCAGCCCACCCGUGCUGACGCAGAUCAUGGCGAGUAUGGCGAGCAUCAUGGGCGUCGGCCGCAACCCGAGUGAGCACGCGCUGCUGCCGAGCUGGAUGCAGCUGCCGCCGCGAAUGCUCGACGGGUCCGAAGGCCAGGAGCGUCUGCGGCGGCUCGCGUUCAACGCGCGCUACCUCUCUUCCGGUCUGCGCAAGCUCGGCUUCCUCGUUUGGGGUAGUCGGGACAGCCCGAUCGUGCCGCUGCUGAUCUACUUGCCGGCGAAGAUGAGCAUGUUCUCGCGCAUGAUGCUCGAGCGCACCCGUACUCUAUCCCCGACGCAGCGGCGCGCGCACAUCAUCCAGGAGCACGCGAUGACCGACGAUGAGAAGAGGCGCAUGGACGAGAUAAACGACCCUGCGUCGACGGCGAGUAGGAGCGUCCUGUCGCGCCCACCGAUCGCAGUUGUCGUCGUCGCGUUCCCCGCGACGCCGAUCUUGUCAUCGCGUGUGCGCUUCUGCGUCAGCGCCGCACACACCAAAAAGGACAUCGAUGACGUUCUCCGCGCCUGCGAAGAGGUCGGCACGCUCCUCUCCAUGAAGUACGGCUCUGGCGGGCCUGGCGGGCGCUGGGAGAUCGACGAGGUGAUAGAGCGCUACGAUGAGCUCGUUCGAUGGGACGGCGCUACGCCUCUUUGA